AAAGAAGUUUUUGGUCACUGGUUAUGCUUGUGCAUCUACAUUUGUGUCCACUUUGGCAUUUUGUUUUGUCCUGUGUUUGGUUCUUUCUUUGGUUGUGAGCGUGUUCCAUGCUCACCUCCUUUUUAUUCUCUGCAACUGCAAAACAGAGAAGAUAAUGGUUGUGGCAUCACCGGGAACUAUCACACAAAGGGUAGAAACCAAAGACAUACUCACAUGGAAUUUGUGGGGAUUGUCCAAACCUUAUAGAACCCAAACCCACCAUUCACAGAUCUCAAGGAUCUCACAAUUUCAGGCUUGAGCUUGGUUUUUUCUUUUUUUCUCAAUAAAGUUUUGCUCUUUUUGCUCUUCUGAGUGCUCCCUCCUCUUGGUUGGAUUCAAAUUCUCCAUUUCCAAGUUGGUUCUUCUGUGCUGGCCAAAAAAAGGAAUUUUGGCAUCUGGGUUCUGUUUGUUUUGGUGUUCAUUUUAUUGGGUCUAAGGGAAGUUGCUGUUUUGGGGAGGCUGGGAAUCUGAUUCCAAAGGGUUGCUUUUUCUGUUUGGAUAAGGUGAUAUAGACUGGACCUUCUUUGUGGGAAUGGAGAGUCAAGUUGUUAAUUAUGGUGGCUUUGAGCACUGGUCAGUGGUUGUGUGAGGGAGACACAGUUGAGGAACUAAUUGUAGAGUAUGGAACUUAGUAGUGUGGUUUUCUGGUUACUGGGGUUGUUUCUUCUGCUGUUGAUGGAAAUUUCUUCUGCUGCUCUUUCUCCUUCUGGCAUAAACUAUGAAGUUGUAGCUCUGAUGGCCAUAAAGAAUGACUUGAUUGAUCCUCACAAUGUCUUGGAAAAUUGGGAUAUUAAUUCUGUUGAUCCAUGUAGCUGGAGGAUGAUUACCUGUUCCUCAGAUGGCUAUGUUUCUGCAUUGGGGUUGCCUAGUCAGAACUUGUCUGGUACACUAUCUCCUGGGAUUGGAAACCUUACUAACUUACAAUCUGUGUUGCUUCAGAAUAAUGCCAUUUCUGGUAGGGUUCCUGCUGCAAUAGGAAGCUUGGAAAAGCUUCAGACACUUGAUCUUUCCAAUAAUACAUUUAAUGGUGAGAUACCAAGUUCUUUGGGAGGCCUCAAGAACCUGAAUUAUUUGCGGUUAAAUAAUAACAGCCUUACAGGAUCGUGCCCUCAGUCUCUUAGCAACAUUGAAGGUCUAACCCUUGUGGACCUCUCCUACAACAAUCUGAGUGGUUCCUUGCCAAGGAUAUCGGCAAGAACAUUAAAGUUUGGGGGUAACCCAUUAAUUUGUGGCCCAAAAGCAAACUGUUCUACUGUUUUACCAGAGCCACUUUCAUUCCCUCCAGAUGCUCUAAGAGGCCAAUCAGACUCUGGUAAAAAAAGCCAUCAUGUAGCACUUGCUUUUGGUGCAAGUUUUGGUGCUGCUUUUGUUAUUGUGAUUGUAGUUGGGUUUCUUGUUUGGUGGCGGUAUAGACGCAACCAGCAGAUAUUCUUUGAUGUCAAUGAGCAUUACGAUCCAGAGGUGCGCCUUGGUCAUUUGAAAAGGUUUUCAUUUAAAGAGCUUCGAGCUGCAACAGACCAUUUCAACUCAAAGAACAUUCUAGGAAGAGGUGGCUUCGGAAUAGUUUACAAGGCAAGCUUGAAUGAUGGGUCUGUUGUGGCUGUUAAAAGGUUAAAGGACUAUAAUGCAGCUGGUGGUGAGAUCCAAUUUCAGACAGAAGUUGAGACAAUAAGUUUGGCUGUUCACCGGAAUCUUCUGAGGCUUUCGGGGUUUUGCAGCACUCAGCAUGAAAGACUCCUUGUUUAUCCAUAUAUGCCUAAUGGCAGUGUAGCCUCUAGAUUAAAAGACCAUAUUCAUGGCCGGCCAGCAUUAGAUUGGACAAGGAGGAAGAGAAUAGCUUUAGGCACAGCAAGAGGGUUGGUUUACUUGCAUGAGCAAUGUGACCCUAAAAUUAUUCACCGUGAUGUCAAAGCAGCCAACAUAUUGCUAGAUGAAGACUUUGAAGCUGUUGUUGGUGAUUUUGGUUUAGCCAAGCUUUUGGAUCAUAGAGAUUCCCAUGUGACCACAGCUGUGCGUGGCACUGUUGGUCACAUUGCUCCAGAGUACCUAUCCACUGGCCAAUCAUCGGAAAAGACUGAUGUGUUUGGGUUUGGCAUCUUGCUGCUUGAACUGAUCACAGGUCACAAGGCUCUAGAUUUUGGGAGAGCAGCGAACCAGAAAGGUGUAAUGCUUGAUUGGGUUAAGAAGCUCCACCAGGAUGGAAGAUUAAGUCAAAUGGUGGAUAAGGAUCUAAAGGGCAACUUUGAUAUGAUUGAAUUAGAAGAAAUGGUUCAGGUAGCACUCUUGUGUACACAAUUCAACCCUUCACACCGCCCCAAGAUGUCAGAAGUAUUGAAGAUGUUGGAAGGGGAUGGCUUAGCUGAAAGAUGGGAGGCCUCACAGAGGAUUGAAACACCAAGGUUUCGGUCUUGUGAGCCUCAAAGAUAUUCAGAUUUGAUAGAGGAAUCUUCACUCAUAGUUGAAGCCAUGGAGCUUUCUGGCCCUAGGUGACAAACAUCUUGGUUUUCCACUAUAGCUCCUUGUUUAAAAGGUGUAGUUUAAAUGUUAAAAAUGACAUUGUCAUUAGUGUCAAUAGCUAUGUAAUGCACGUAUUCAUCUGUAAAAAGGAAAAGGAAAGUCACGUAUAAGUAUCUUUGUGGGAAUGUUGAUUUAGUUGCUUCGGAAAA